UGUAACUUUGCCGGUUGUUAUGAAAAAGUUAUUUUUUACAUAAUGUAUCAAAACAAAUUUUUUCUAAGUAAUUUGUAUCAGAAGUUUUUAGAAUUAACUUCGUUAACAUUUUCUCUUACAAAUUUACACAGAAAACGUCAACAUAUUUUUUAGUUGCUCCCUCAAAUACAAUUUUAAGAAAGACAACAAAUACCAAAACAACGAGAUGAACUACGGCAUUAACGUUAAUAAAAAUAACAAAUCCGGUAUCCAUUUUACUGAAAAGAUGUCAUAUGACAAAAAUGCUAACAACAACAUCAACAAAAGUGACAGCAAUAUCAACAUUGCCAACAAAAACAUCAACAAAAGUAACAACAACAUCAACAAAAGUAGCAACAAAGGCAACAAAAUUAAUAAAAACAUCAACAAAAGUAGUAACAACAUCAACAAAAAUAGCAACAAGAACAAAAGUAACAACAACGAAAAAAGUAACAACAACAUCAACAACAACAAGAACAAAAGUAACAACAACAACAAAAAUAACAACGACAUCAACAACAACCGCUGGAUGAGCCUCAUCAACAAAGACUUCAAACGGUGUAGCUUCAACUUCAAAAAUAUUAGAACAAGCCUCGGUCCAAAAAGAAAAAAAUGUGAAUAUUGUGACGCGAGCCAACUCAUUGCUUCAAAUUUCGCAAGAUCGUACAAAAACAAACACACGGUAAUGAGUCCCUCAAAAUCGAAAUGUCAAAGACUACACCGGACAUUCUUUUCUUACUAUCUUGGAUCGGAUAACGAUCGUUCCGUUUGGCUUCGAGACAAAACAGCGCGUCCAUUCUUAGCGCGAAGAACAACUUACAUUCAACGUCUGCGAGACAUCAAAAAUGACGCCAAAGAGAAAUCAGAAAUGAUGACGAUCGUACGCCAAAGACUGGCGAACCAUCGUCCGAUCAGCAUGACGAUCUGUGAACGACUCUUCCCUUGCAUGCUUCCUCAAGAAACACCCUGUCCAAGGACGUAUCGUGAAAAAAAGUUGGCCAUCCAGAAACACAUGAAAAGAAAAUCAGCAGCGCUAUCCUCAGGAUUAAUGAGGCUGUCCAGUACGAACGGCAACCAUAAUUUGAACAACCUGCAACGAAGAGCAACCCCAGCGGAGCAGCGACGACUAACCGUUCAACAGAAACUGGAGAGAAAUUGUUGA